GCGACGGGCGAGCCAAUGGGAGAGGGGCUUGGGGUUGCCAUGGGAAACCGACAGCGGCAAGAUGGCGGCCUCCGGAGACGGAGACGGAGGCGCCCACCCGCGGCGCUCGGAGCGGCCGGGGCGACCGCCGCGGGACGGCUACGGCGUCUACGUGUACCCCAACUCUUUCUUCCGCUACGAAGGCGAAUGGAAAGGGGGCAAGAAGCACGGCCGCGGGAAGCUGCUGUCCAAGGACGGGAGCUACUACGAAGGCGACUUCGUGGCUGGGGAGAUCGUGGGAGAGGGGCGCCGGCACUGCGCCACCUCAGGAGACACCUACUCGGGCCGCUUUGUCCUGGGAGAGCCUCACGGGCCCGGCUGCGUCGCCUACAGGACGGGCGGAUGGUACAAGGGGGAGUUCGGCUGCGGCGUCCGAGAAGGACUGGGAUGCCUGCAGGAUGCGCUGGGACAGGUGUACCGAGGGUCCUUCCACGAGAACCGGCGGCACGGCAGGGGACACAUGGUUUUCCAGAACGGUGACAGCUACGAAGGUGACUGGGUCAGGGACCAGCAGCAAGGCCAGGGGGAGCUCCGCUGCGCUGACGGCUCUGUCUACCAGGGCCAAUGGUUCUGCGGCGUCCUCAGUGGCCUGGGCAGCCUCACCCACUGCUCAGGGCUCACCUACCACGGGCUGUGGGUCAACGGGCAUCCAGUGGAGCAAGCCGUCAGGAUGGUGGUUCUGGGCCCUGAGGUGCUGACCGUGGGACCCGGCUCGACCUUCUCGCUGCGGGUCCAGCUGCAGCAGGACAGCGGGGACACUGCGGAGGGUGAGAACGGGCGGCUCCUGAGGGUCUCGGCCAGCAUCAGCCCCGAUCCAGGCAGCAGUUCCGAGUCAGAGUGCGUCUCUUCCCCUCUGGGGAACCCCUCUGGAGACCCAGAGCCCAGCGCUGACGCAGGAGAAAUCGCCCCAGGGCCACCUGAGGGUGAACUGCCUCUGGAGCUGGCAUCAGACACCUCAUGUGCUCCAGGAAACGCCCCCAGCAGCCUGCCUGAAACCUUUUUGCCGCUUGCCGGGGAGCAGAACUGCCUGCGGGCACAGCGUGGUCAUGCCCAGUUUGACCACCUCUGUCUGGGCACCCGCCCACUUGGGCGCCACCCUGUGCUUUUCUUCCAUGGAUCUACAGAGAAGGCUUGCGGACAAGAGUUGCCCAGGGCAUCCUCGAAUGGCAGCCGGCUGGACACGGCCAGACCAGGGUGGGCUGUGCCCCCAGGGGAGUAUACCAUCAUCGUGGAAGAUGUGACCAGCCCCCCGUUCCUUGGCCGCUCGCUGCCCGCUGCCUUUCAGCGCCUCCUCGUUUCUGCACCCGGGAGCAGUAAGGAUCCCCCCGGAUGCCCCACUGCGGGGACAGACUCUGAGGACCCCCACUGUACCUCCAUCGACAGGAUUCAAUAAAC